UCAAUACGUGACCUAUCAUGACGAGUAACAUGUUUUUAUGAAUAUAAUAUGUAAACAAUAUGAAACACAAAUUUUUGAGCCUUUAAACAAUUUGAAAUGUACACUCUUUUGCAUGGAUUGUACAAGUAUAUUGUGCAAAAAGAUGAAUAUUUCAUACUAAUAUUAGGACUCGACAAUGCUGGGAAAACAACAUACUUAGAAGCGGCGAAAACGAAAUUUACAAAAAAUUAUAAGGGUAUGAAUCCUAGCAAAAUCACGACAACUGUUGGUUUAAAUAUUGGAAAAAUUGAUAUCGCUGGUGUUCGUUUUAACUUCUGGGAUCUUGGUGGACAAGAAGAACUAAGAUCAUUAUGGGAUAAAUAUUAUGCUGAUUCACAUGCAGUGAUAUAUAUAGUUGAUUCAUCGGAUCGUGAAAAAAUACCUGAAUCUAAGUUAACAUUUGAUAGAGUUAUAUCAUCUGAACACCUAAUAGGUGUACCGCUUUUAGUUCUAGCAAAUAAGCAAGAUGUGCCUGACAGUAUGGGCGUUAGAGAAGUAAAACCAAUUUUUAAUCAAAAUGCACAUUUGAUUGGUAGAAGAGAUUGCAUGGUAAUGCCUGUAUCUGCAUUACAUGGGGUUGGUAUAGAUGAAGGCAUUCACUGGCUCGUAGACUGUGUCAAGAGAAACAGCGAUGUUCGGCCACCUCGUAACCAGAAUGACAGUUGUCUGUCUUAACAUUACAUUCCUAUUUUCUUUUAAAACAUAGCUUAAUUUGUAAACAGUAUUUUAAUAUAUAAAUUGUGUACAUUUACAUUAAAAACGACUACAUUUACGA